CCAGCUGACAGCAAUGCACUAUCAUCCAAUUUGAAGGAAAAAAAUUAAAUGACUGAUUAAGAAUUUAUAAAAACACUAAAACGAAAAAUCUGUUAGAAAUGCUAGGAAAAGUAAAUUGUAUUGCAAUUCUCUUGCUGGGCCUGUUUACCAGUGGAUGGGGCUUUUUGGAGCACGAUAGCUGGAUAACAGUUGAAUUACAGCAUGCCCUUUCCUCUACAAAUCCGGAACAGUUCUCUGAUCGUGGCAACAUUACCAUAGCAAGCCUUAAUUCUGGCCAGUCGAAUGUAGUGCAAGACUCCUUAACGAAGAGGGAACUGGAGAGCAUAAAGGUUUUGGCAAAGCGAGACGACUUCUAUCGCGUAAAGGCCACGGUGGUGUAUCCGAAUGGCAAUAAGCAGCAGUUUUUAACAUCCACAAAAGCUUGUAGCUUGCUGCAGGCACAAUUCAAUGACAUACUUUGGAUUUCAUUGGAUGCAAAUGGAUUUGUAACGGGCAUCACCACUUCACAGGAUACGGUAACCAAGGGCGCCGAUUGCGGCACAAGCGAUGUGUUGCAGAUUCAGGAAACCAGCUUCAAUACUGAUGUUAUCAUAAGGCAUUCCGAGCUUGCGCCCGUGCCCGAUACCGGCAGCUUCAUUCAGAAGUUCGAGCGCGAGGCCAAGGAACGCGGUGAAGUGCGUGAUAACAGAGGCUUCUUUGCCAAAUACUGGAUGUACAUUGUUCCCGUUGUGCUGCUAGUGCUGAUUUCUGGCGCUACAAACCAGGAUGCCGCCAAAUAAUCAGCAAAUUGUGUGUAGCAUAAAAUUAAAUUAAAGUUAGCCUAUUAUUGUUUGCAAUUAAACAAAUAUGGAAGUAUACCAAAUAUAACUAUAUUUGU